AUGCCAGUUAUGAAAAUUGACGUGACAAUGCAUUACGUGCCGAUGGGACGUCAUAUCAUACUUAAUUGUAUGUCUUGGAAUUCAGUUGCAAAUAAUUAUGACAAUCAAAAUAAAACAAUGAAAUGGAUAUUUCGUGAUAUUCAAGAUCAUCGUAGCAUACCUAUCGAUAUCGAUAAUAGCCGAUUCGCCCUCAACGAAACUGAUGGCAGUCUUGCUCUUUAUGCCGCACAAAAAGAAAAUGAAGGCAUAUAUGAUUGUCAUGUAGGUUUAACCCAAAAUAUUGAAUGGGUUUCACGAAUUAAUCUUUAUGUGCAAGAUUGUGGUGAAGAACGUGAUCUAACUUUAUAUCGUAAUGUUAUGAAUCCAUGCCUUUAUGGUGGCUGUAUUAUUGAUGCUUUUCCUGAUGCUCCAAUUUUGAAAUAUUUAAAAUGUAAUUGUGUGUUACAAUAUACGGGAGAAUUUUGCACUGAACUUGUUGAUGGAGCCGUUGAACGUGAAAUUCUACGUUUCUCACCGUUCAUAGCACAUAUUUGCUCAACAUUAUGCAUAAUUCUUACAUUCUUUUGCUGCAAGAGAACCGAAAAUCAUAAAAGAAUCGUUUCACUGGAAGAUGUUGUACCACCACCAUUAGAUGUAUCGGAUGAUCCGAAAAUACUCUACCCCGCAGCUAUGCUACCGGUUUUAGAAAGCGGUGAACCAACUAAGGAAGCAGAAUUGGAUGCUCGAACAAUUGCCACAUAUCUUAAUAAGUUGCAACAUGCAACUGUAUGA